AUGUCUGAAGAAGAGAAACCAUCCGUGGAGCAGCUUGGUGGCCUCCUCGACGAAGCUCUGAGUGGAUUUGGGAAAGCAAAACCAGAGCCAGUCAGGUCGACUGAUGAUGAUUUGGAUGAUUUCUUGGCCCCCAUGGAUGCAGAAGCCACGAAAAAGGCGGCAGAGACUUUUGAAGUGAGUAUUUUGAUAUUAUUGUUGGUUUUUAGGCAAAAUAAAGGACAUUGGUUAACCAUGAUUUUUUCUCCAGAAAUUGCUCAAGGACAUGUCGGAGAAAACGGAACAGAUCCGAAAAGAAGAUGAACCCACGCCAACCACGGCCUCGGACGGCACUCACUUCCUUAGUGAGCUCCUUGGAAUCAACAAGUUGUUGGAUGAAGACGGCGCUGAUCCGGAGAUUCGACAAUUGACUGAGGUUUUACUUCAAGGGUGCUUUACAAAAGAAGUCAUUCAUCCGUUGUUGGGACAGUUCCAUGGAGCGAUUGUGGAGUAUUUGAGCGAAACGGAGCUCGCUGAAGGCGAAAAGGCAAAUUUAGAAGCGCAGAAAGAGGUAUAUUUUGAGUUUUUGUUCGAAUUUUAGGUAGAAAUGUCAUGGUGAAUAUAAAAUUUUUUGAAUUUGCGGAAUUUUUGACUUUGUUGGGAGAUAGAGAGCUUAGAAAUGACAGAAUAUUGUGACUGGACGUUCUUUUCGAGUUUUGAAAAUCUAAAAAUUUUGAUUUUGAUAAAUUUUUUCGCCUACUACAAUAUAAAAUUUGAUGAUGUUUGAUAAACUAUUGCUGAAAAUUUGACGGAAAUGAAAGCUUUAUUAUUUAUCUGGCCCUUUUUCAGGUAUUCCAAGCCCUAAUAAUCUCCUACGAAAACCAAUCCGACCCCGUGACGUCAGAGGAAACCGAACAACAAAAUGCCCUCUGGGCAAAACUCCGCGACCUCGGAGAAGUCCCACCUGCAUUAAUCGAAAAGUUUGAGAAGAAUAUGCCAAAUCUCGGAAUCCCAGGCCUUCCCGGAAUGUCCGAGUUCUCCGCAGAUCAGCAGUGCAGCAUCAUGUAG